UGUGUGUGUGUGUGUGUGUGUAUGUGUGUAUGUUCCUUCAUCCUCUAAUUAACACCAUGGAUCUACAACACACCCUUACAUCUGGAAUAUUAAUUUCAUGUUUGAUUAGUGCCUGUUUUUCUGCUGUCCCAGUGGAAGAAGAAGAUCCGUGGUUUUGGAACAUUAAGGGGAAGGAAGCUCUCAUCUCAGCUUUGUCUCUAAAAGCAAAUGUUUUUCGAGCCAAAAAUCUCAUCCUUUUUCUCGGAGAUGAGUCAAUCAUCCUGUCCUGAGCACAUCAGAAGAAUUGUUUCACUGAGAUUUUGGUAUGGGAGUUCCGACAGUGACAGCUGCUCAGAUUCUGAAAGGGCAGCUUGCUGGUAAAAAUGGAGAGGAGACCAUGUUAACCAUGGACAUGUUCCCUUACCUGGCUUUAUCCAAGACCUAUAAUGUGGAUCAGUAGAUGCCAGACAGUGCUGGUACGGCCACAGCGUAUCUGUGUGGUGUUAAAGCCAAUUACGGAACACUAGGGCUCGGAGGGGUCAGUGUAACACCACCUUGGGCAACGAGGUCAAAUCAGUCCUCCACCGUGCCAAAGCAGCAGGGAAGUCUGUGGGUGUUGUGACAACCACACGAGUUCAACAUGCAUCCCCAGCAGCAAAUUAUGCCCAUGUAGCUGAUAGAGACUGGUACGGUGAUGCUGAGCUGCCUGCUAGCGCAGUGAGUCAAGGCUGCAAAGACAUUGCCUACCAGCUCGUCCACAACACUGACAUCAAUGUGAUUUUAGGUGGAGGGAGACUCAAGAGACUCAAGAUCCUGAAUAUCCUAAAACCACAGGUAGCAGAAAGGACAACACAAACCUGAUCAAUGAGUGGCUCAAAAACAAAAAGGUAACUUCUUCUGUCCUUGGUCAAAUUAUGCAUUCGAAAUUUUUUCUGAAUCAUUCCACAGUCGCUCUUAUUCACCAAAAGCCAAGCUGUCACUGUUGGACCCUUGAGCCCCCUGGGGCACUGUAUCAUGGCAGAUCCUGUGCUCUGACCUCAACAUGGCAGAUCCUGUGCUCUGAACUCAACAUGGCAGAUCCUGUGCUCUGACCUUAAAGUUGGGAUAUGCAAAGAAACAAUUUCACUGUGCUGUAAUGUACAUGUGACAAAUUAAAAAACGUCUUCUAUUAAAAAAAAAUCACACAAUUUCAUACAUCAGAUUCAGAUGUCAGACAUGUUCAUAGACAAUAUUCAGAUCACUGAGACUGAGAGUUUUAUGAAUCCCUCGGGGGUUUCCUCCGGAUACUCCGGUUUCCUCCCCUGGUCCAAAGACAUGCAUGGUAGGUUGAUUGGCAUCUCUGGAAAAAUUGUCCGUAGUGUGUGAUUGCGUGAGUGAAUAAGAGUGUGUGUGUGUGCCCUUCGAUGGGUUGGCACUCCGUCCAGGGUGUAUCCUGCCUUGAUGCCCGAUGAAGCCUGAGACUCCCCGUGACCCGAGGUAGUUCGGAUAAGCGGUAGAAGAUGAAUGAAUGAAUGAAUGUUAAAAUCGUUAUUGAAAUAAAAUUGAAUUGAAUUGCAUAAAAGUUUUCUUUCGGGAACAAAGAAGCUUUGAAGAACCUUUUUUUCUAGAUCUUUAUACAUUAUCUGUCAACACAUUAAAAAGUGUACACACAAAACCUGAAGUCUAUUCAUUGAUGCUCAUGAAGGAAUGAAUAGAAUACUGCGUGUGUGUGUCUGUGUGUGUGUGUGUGUGUGUGUGUGUGUGUGUGUGUGUGUGUGUGUGUGUGUGUGUGUGUGUGUGUGUGUGAGUGUGUGUGUGCAUGCGCAUGCGCAUACCUGCGCACAUGCGCAUGCCUGUGCCCAGGGAUAUAUUUUAAUGCCACUGAGGUGGAAAAAUGUCAACUUUGUUUCUUCACCCAUCCUGCCCUCCUUCACUCUCUCUAUUCACUCUACUCUAAAGUUGAGUAGUCUCUCUUUCUUUUACACAUGAACAAAAACACACACAGAAAGAAACCCACACACUAGCAUCACUCAUUCAGCACCUCAUUGAUUGCUAUGAAAUGGGGGAAUUACUUCACCCAACCAUUGUGCUUGAAUUUUAGAGUAGGUCUGAGGUAGAGAAAGCAGACCAAUGGAAGGUAGAAGACAGGAGAAGACAGAAGAAAAGACAAGACAAAAGCUUUGCAGAAGACUGGACGUGAAACUGUGGAAAUUGGGUUUGUUUUGGACAAGAGGAGACAGAAGAAGCGAGAUUUUUUUUUUACAGGAGAAGACAGGAGGAGAUGGGAUUUGGUUUGGACAGGAGGUGAAAGGAUAGAAAGACAGAAAAUAGGUGAUAAAAGCCAGUAGGAGACAUGGGAAGACAGAAAUCAGGAGGGGGUUUUGUUUGGAUAGGAGGAGCCAGAGGUUUGGUUGUACAGGAGGAGACAUAAGUCUGAACAGGAGGAGAUAGAGGUUUAGUCUGAACAGAAAGAGAAAGGGAUUAGGUUUGAACAGGAGGAGACAGGGGAUAGGUUUGGACAGAAGGAGACAGGGGUUUAGCUUGGACAGGAAGAGUCAAGAGGAGACAGUAGUUUAGUCUGGACAGGAGGAGGCAGCAGGAGACCAGGGUUUUGUUUGGAAGAACUGAGUGGACAUCUGAGUGGAGAUCAGGCUGUGAUGAAGCUGCGACUCGACAUUCUGCUCCUGCUGUGCUGCUCCAUCUGUCUCCAACUUCUGCAAAUUCUUCAUCACACUCAUGCUCACACUACAGCUCUUUGGGAAGCCGAUCCUUCAUACUGGAAUGAACAAGCUAAGAAAAUGCUGCAUGAUGCACUUGAACUCCAGCCGAGGAAUCACAGGGCCAAAAAUAUCAUCCUCUUCCUUGGUGAUGGAAUGGGUGUUUCCACUGUUUCAGCUGCCCGAAUUCUGAGAGGACAGAUGGAUGGAGGAUCAGGGGAGGAGACUGUCCUCGCUGUGGAUACAUUUCCUUACCUUGCACUGUCAAAGACUUACAGCGUGGAUAAGCAGGUAGCGGACAGUGCAAGCACGGCUACAGCAUACCACUGUGGUGUUAAAGCAAACUCUAAAACUGUGGGUUUAAGUGCAAGUGCCAUCCCCUACGAGUGUAACACAACCUUCGGAAAUGAAGUUUACUCUGUCCUGCACCGUGCUAAAUUACAAGGUAAAUCAGUAGGCAUUGUGACCACCACUCGUGUCCAACAUGCAUCUCCAGCAGCAGCAUACGCUCACUCAGUGAGCCGCAGCUGGUACAGUGAUGCUGAUUUACCACCCGAAGCCCAACAAGAUGGCUGUGUGGACAUUUCCACUCAACUCAUCACUAACACCGACAUUGAUGUUAUUCUUGGAGGUGGACGGAUGUACAUGACACCUAAAGGUACUCUGGAUCCAGAAUAUCCAUCUUCAUCAUCACGAAAAGGUGAUCGUGAGGACAAGAGGAACCUGAUCGAGGCAUGGCUGGAUCAGCGGAAGGACAGAAGUGCUCAGUAUGUUUGGAAUAAAGAGCAGUUUAAUGCAGUGAAUGUGAACACUACAGACUGUCUGAUGGGGCUGUUUGAACCGAAGGACAUGAGGUUUGAGGUGUUCAGGAACCGGACACGUGAUCCCUCCAUUGUGGACAUGACGGAGAAAGCCAUUCAGAUCCUCAAGAAAAAUCCAAAUGGAUUUUUCCUCUUUGUGGAAGGAGGCAGGAUCGAUCACGGCCACCAUGCUGGUAUCGCUAAACUGGCGCUUACCGAGACAGUGAUGUUCGACCGAGCAGUACGUCGAGCAUCUCAGCUCACUGAAGAGUCAGAAACCCUCACCAUUGUCACAGCAGAUCACUCACACGUCUUCACAUUUGGUGGGAACACACUUCGGGGAAACCCUAUUUUUGGUCUGGCACCGAAGAACGCAGAUGACAGACUUCCAUUUACUAGUAUCCUGUAUGCUAAUGGCCCCGGAUACGUGCAUGUAAAUGGGACAAGAGCGAACGUGUCGACAGUGGAUUACUUUGAUGAGAAAUACAUGCAGCAGGCUGCUGUGCCAUUAGAUGCCGAGACUCAUGGAGGCGAAGAUGUGGCAAUUUACGCUAAAGGCCCAAUGGCUCAUCUCCUCCAUGGAGUCAAAGAGCAACAUUACAUCGCACAUGUGAUGGCAUAUGCCGCUUGCCUCCAUCCGUACAAAGAAUGCCCCCCCUGAAUCUAACUCAACCCCUCAUCUCUCUCUUUCUCUGUCCCUCAGUUUUUCAUGUGCAGUGAUAUGGUUCAGUUCUAGAUGACGGUGUUAAUCUACGCCUGUCCUCCAAGGAAGGCUAUAAUGCACCCUCUUCCACUUCCACUCGCUAAAGUCAUUUUAGAGGUUUUACCUGCAAUGAGAAGAUGAGGUUGAAACUUGAUUAUGUGAUAUUCCUUCAGAUCAACAUGAAAUACACCAUAAAAUACUGGUUUCAAUUAUACCAUAUGCUACCUAACAAUAUUAGCUGCCUAAAUACAACACUGACCAAAUGUUAGCCAGCUAACUAGAUAGCUUAGAUAAUAAUCCUUGCUAUCUAUGAUGUUAAGUAAACUAUCAAAAUGUGUAAUUAAAACCAGAAGCUAGCAUGGAUUUGCAAGCAUGUUAGCUACACACAAUCAGAGUUCUGAGCAUUUGUUGAGGGCUUUAUUUGAAACUCAGGGAUGGAUUGUAACAAAUUCCCUUUUUUACAUAAAUAUUGUUUUUGCAGUUUUACAAUCAUUUCAACCGCACAUACAUAAAGAAAAUGCCUUUAAAAAGAUUACUGUGUCUCUGUAAUAAUUGUUACUUGUUUUGUUUGUUUGAAUCAAUCAAAUUUUCUAUGGAGAACUUUUAUAUGCAUUUUCUAAAGUAGGAGUUUUCUGUAGAAUUUAUAUUUACAGUACUGUAUAAUGUACACUGAAGCAAAAUUUUUAAAUAAAAUUUUUAUCUAUUUUGAA